CCAAGGUCUCACACACAGUCCAGUUGGGAGCAGAGAGCAACCCAGAAGCAUUCAAGAGGCAGUUGUUGUCCAGGGGAGCAGAAGAAGAAAGGGUGCCGGGCAGAUCAUUCCACCAAGAGAUGGCUCACAGGAACAAAGCUACAGCUGCUAAAGCCAACCGCUCCAGAAGGGAUCCCAAGGAGAAGCCCAUUGUUACAGGACCCAAUAUGGACUCUCUGGGUUUCCUGGCUAUGGACAGCAACGUCCCAGGCCUGUCACAGGUUAUCCUUCAAAAACUCAACAUGACAAGCUAUGAUGAAUACAGGUCUGCCAUGGAGGGCACCAAAGUGGGUGCAGAUUUCGGCAUCCGGUCAUACUUCGAGAUGUUUCAGAAAAUGGAGGACACAUUCAAAUUCUGUGUGGAAUGUAAGAAACUUCCGGAAUCCCUGCCUGAUCCUAAGAGCCUACGGCGGUGCAAAAGGUGCCAGAACAUCUACUACUGCGGCUCUGAGUGCCAGCGGGCCAACUGGCCCAACCACAAAAAGUUCUGCAAGAAGCUGAAGUUGGCGGCCCUUGACCGACUGGUGGAAUGGCUUGUCUUCACAGGGGACAUCCCUUUCCCCACAGGGCCCUGGACGAAACGCAUCCCGGAGGUGCGAGGCUGGGAAGAGUGGUUCUCGAUGCAAGAGGACCUGGAUGCCAAGCUGAGCUCCAUCAUGACGGGCCGCUACAUGACUAUCCUCUGGGCCAAUGCAGGGAAGCCCAAACCGGAGGAGCCGGAGCUGCUGGAGUCCGUCAGGCGGGUGGCCACGGACUUCCUCUCCCGGCCAGCCACGAUCGGCCUGGGGCUGCAUGCCUUUGGGGUCGACCCCUACGCCAAGCCCAUCACCGUCCACGUGGUUGGGGCGUCCCACGUGGAGACCCUCAACGCUCGGGUGACGGAUUAUGACGAGCUGAACCGCAUGACCCCCAAGCACCAGGGCAUUGAGGUGGUGAUGGUGGGGGUCGAUGUGGUUGGUGGGCCCAUCAUGAGGCCUCCGCUGGCAGCCUUUGGGCCCCGGGAAAGGGUCUACCUCAGCAGCUACAAGGGCCUCUAUCAUGACUUCUGGGAGUCGCAAGUGGAGACGCUGGAGGCUGCCCGGCCGGACCUCGUGGUGGGAUUCCAUCCAGGGUUCCACGCCUGUCACGACCUGAUGGAAAGCUGGCUGCCCACCCUGCUACUCCUCCGAGACUAUAAGAUCCCCUCACUUUUCACUAUGUACAGCGAACAGGAAAUGAAGCACUCCCUGAAGAUCUUGAUGGAGUUGGAGACGCAGAUCACUGGCUGUGGGGCCAACCCCUUUGCCUCCCUCAAGCCGGAGCAGGCCUAUUCCAACCCCAACAAGCCCCCCGUCUACUGCAACUCCCACUACCUGAUGUUCUGCGGGUUGUCCGGCCCACCAGAGGAGCCGGGCAUAGGAGAGCUGGAAGAAGAAGAGGAAAGGGAUCCUUAGUAGGGGAGCCUAGCAGAGAGUUGUGCCUUCGGCACCCGAGGCACAGGCUUUGUCGUCUCACAUUCAAUGACUGUUUCCAGUUAUGUCUAGUGGCCCAUAAAAUGUUAGCAUUCGAAGGAACAUCAGAGGCCAUCUAGUCCACCCCCCCUGCUCAGUGCAGGAAUCUGCUGCAGCUCGCCUGACAGAUGUCUGUCCAGCCUUUGUCUGAAAGCCUCUAAAGUCCUGUGUGUGCUCUUUCUAAAAGCGGCCUCUGUCCUUCCUGUGGCCGAGUGGCGGGCGUGCCAGCCCAGAGCCAGCCCAACUGGCCAAUCCUGGAAUCUGGCAGACACCAGCCCAGUUGACUGCUAUACAGCCCAAUGGGACGUUAUGCUGUGGGAGAAGCUAUAGGUUGCAAUCCAUGCCCUUAUGGUACUUGAGUUCAUGGGGUAGAGUGGGUCGCCUGCUGACAGACACACGCAGAAGGUUGGUUCACUUGUGUAUGGAGAGGAAGGAUGGUGUUCACCAAUCCCCUCCCCGUCCUUCUACUGCCUCGAAUGCCCCCUCUCCAAAUAUGUCCUUGAAGGUCUUCCAACUCUCAGGACCAUAUUUCCAGGGGGCAGGGUGAUGGUCCAGAUCAGUUGAACAUCUCACUGCAAUUAGUACGUGCCUGUCAUCUCUCAAACCUGGUGGCUUCUGGGAUCCCGUUCCAGGGUGGGAAAAUGUUUCCCCUUGUUCAUGCACAAUGUCUUUUUUUUGGGGGGGGGGGAAUUAAAACCUGAUAAAACAUUCAAUGCAUUAACCAGCAAGGGGUCCAAAGAUGACCACAACCCAUCUGUUAGAAGGGCAGAACGUAUGUAUAGACUCAGAGGCGUAACUAGGGAAAACGGCGCCCGGGGCAAGCACUGAAAUGGCGCCCCCCCCGCCGCCCCCCCAACAUACUACAUUAUACUUAGGUUUUUCCUCACAAGCGCCCGCCGCCAAGCCAGGCCACUGACUGGCCACCAGGCGCCAGCAAAGCAAUGGGGGGGGGGCACAGGCGGCGCGGAAGGGACCGCUCGUGGGGAAGGGGGCACCGACGCGCUCCCUUGACUGCUGCAGCGCUGCUGCACUGAGCAGGAAACAUUUGUAUUAACAAAAAAUGUAAAAAAAAUUUAAAAAAAUUUGGUCAUGGUGGCACCCCCCACGUGACCAGAAAAGAUGGCGCCCAGGGCACGUGCCCCCCCUGCCCCCCCUAUAGUUACGCCUCUGUAUAGACUUCUUAUUUUCACCCGUUCUGUUUGUCAUCGCUGACCUGGUCCUUAUUCAGCCUGUGGUAGCGAGUUCCAUAGAUCAAUGAUGCAAUGUGUGAAAAAGUGCUUCCUGGUCUGGGCCCUAAACCUCCUGGUCACCAGUUUCAUGGGAUGACCCCUGGUUCUAGUGCUGUGAGAGAGGGAGAAAAAUUUCUCUCAGAUUUUGGUAGACUUUGGAUAUGUUUCUUGGGAUACCUUCCUGUUGUUUUUUUUAAAAUCCCAAACCAAUUUCAUUUUUAUUACAAUUAGUUUUGACGUUUAACCAUGAAACGACUGGCCUAUAACUACUGCAGAGACGCCCAGCUUUGGAUCUCCUGCAGAUGCUGGACAGGGCAAAGAGGCCCCUUUUAACGUGGCGAUUCUCUUUAUUUAGCAGGGGGAGAGUAACUGGCCCUAUCCAUCCCCAGCACAGGACCUCCAGUGACUGUUGCUGGUGUCUGACUUAUGUUUCUUUUUAGAUUGUGAGCUCUUCAGGGACAGGGGACCAUCUCAUUUAUUUAUGUAUUAUUUCUCUAUGUAAACCGCCCUGAGCCAUUUUUGGAAGGGCGGUAUAGAAAUUGAAUUAAUAAUAAUAAUAAUAAUAAUAAUAAUAACAACAACAACAACAACAACUCCCAUCGUCUCUAUUGACCAUCGUGGCUGGGGAUGAUGGGAGUUGUAGUCUAACAACAUCUGGGGACCCAUGUUUGUGAACCCCUUUCUCUGGCAGAGGCUACCCUGGCAGAAGGAACGAACAAGUCAAAGAUGGUUGCCUGGCCCACAUGGCUACUCCGCCCGCAUGAAGCCAUGCCCACAAGCACAGACACUCUUUCCAGGUCAUCUUGCCUUUAUCGCUCCAUGUUAAAAAAGAAAACAACAACCAUACAGCACUGCUGCUACACAAAUCACAAAUUAUCUACAGGCGAUUUCCCUCACGCACCCUCCAUUUUGCCCUCUGCUGAGCCUGUGUGCAGGCAAAAUGCUUGCACUCUAGGUCGCUUUCCAGAUUAAACCCGACAACAGUGUCA